AAAGAGCAACAAAAAAAGAAAAAAAAACAUCUAGUUGGAUAUUUGUGAAUAUGUGAAUUGUCACCUCUGCAAUCCAUACUUGAGUGAUGCAUAAUCAACUCAUGGAAAAUAUUGCUAAAAAUGACAUAAUAAUGUUAAAAGUUUACAAUCUUAUAUAGCCACAUCACUGACUGCCCAGAGCCACAUGCGGCCCAUGGGCCAUGGAUUGAACAGGCCUGGUUUAGCGGCAGGCUUGGAGCGCUAGGUUAACAUUUGGACUUGAUGUACUUUGAGGCCUUUCCAACCCCAAAGCGGUGACCAAACAACAGCCUAUGACAUCACUGGGUGAUGGAUUGUGACUGGAUGGCCCUCACUGCUUAUACCACGGUUCUGGCAGAGCCUGGCUCAGUCUGGCUUGUUCCUGGAUCCUGCUGAGUGACUUUGCGAGGCUUGGAGGUCGAGCAAGGCUUUAGCUGUGCUGUGCUGGGCCGUGCCUGCGGCUGCUUGCAGCAGCUCCCAGAGUUCAUCCCCACAGCACCUCUUAUGUUUCCCUGGCCCUGCCCUGCACAGGCAGCUGGGGCCCAGGGAGACACACCCGGGGCAGCGGAGUGCACAACACCACCGCUGCAGCACUGGUGAAGGAGAGCCACUGUCAUCCUCCACUCUCCUCACCCAUAGCAGCAAGACGACCAUGGCCACAACAGAGGCAUGGACGUGUCCCAUCUGCCGCGAUGCACGACGAGACAUCGCGUCUGUGAUCCCAUGCAGCCAUCAGUUUUGUGUGGGCUGCAUCCAGCGGUGGGCGAGGCUGAGAGACAGCUGCCCGCUCUGCAGGACGGCCAUGAGGACCAUGAAGGUCUCUGUGUGGGGAGGUGAGCAUUAUGUAGAGUGCGUCAUCUCCCCGCCCGCAGUGCCGGUACCUGCUGACUUCCAGCCCAGCACCGCCACCCGCCCCAACGGCACUGUGGCACGUGCUCCAUCCCCUCUGCCACAGCCAUCCCAGCAGACGGCCUCAGAGUCAGAGGUGAGGGCGAGGCUGGGCGGCCUCCUGCCACAGGAGUGGGCGGCACUGUUCAGGGAGCGACGCAGCAUCCUCAACCCCGUGCUGCCCUCCCUGCACCAGAAGCUCUCUGCCAUCCAUGGGAUCCACUGGUGGCAGGUCCUGUCAGCAGAGAGCCUCUUCCUGUGCUGCCUGUGUUGGCUGGGGCCAGACAGGGCCGUCAUGCUCCAGUGCACAGAGCCCAGCUUGGGACCCAUGGCUGCACCGCUCACUGACUGGCUCGUGCAGACCAUCAUCAGUCGCUGUGGCCGGGAAGCCCGGAGGCUGCACGGCCUCGAGGAUGAGGAGGACAGCCACGCAGCCACCUCCCCACAGAGGACCCUCACACCCAGCACCACGCCCUCCGGCAGCUCUGCGGGUCCGGAUGUAGAGGAGCUCCCUGGCACGUCCAGUGAGCUCCUUCAUGGGAGCACAGACGAGCUCCCCGCUGCACCCAGCUCUGGGGAGCAAGAGCAGCCCCAGGAAGAGUCAGGGCAGGAGGCAGCAGGGCCCAGUGCCCAGAGCGGCAGCCACAGCUGCUUCGCUCCUGGCCAGAGCAGGAAGCGCUGCUCUGUGAGGCCCCGGCGCCCCAAGAAGAGGAGGGCCGGCAGUGCCCAGGGUGCUCCACAGCCCUGCAAAAGGCUGCGCCCCUGGCGCCGCUAGCAGGGCUUUGGGAACUCUAGUUCUUCAACUUGGGUCAGCUAUUGUUUUUUUUUCCCUUGGUUGUGUUAAUUUCUCACUCAUCAGUCCGUUUCAGAUGAGAACUGAUCCACUGACCCCCUCAGCAGCAAGAUUCUAAUGCUCUCUGACAAUAUCAUGCUAUACAUUACAUGCAAAGAAUAUCCCAUUAUAUUUUCUAGCAUCUACCAAUCAGGUUUGCACAGGUACCGAAAUCUUAGCAGGAAGCCAAAUGCCUUUGCAUUUGUUUUGUUCUGGAGGAUGUUAUGUCCUGUCUUGCCGUGAACAUGCCUAUGGAUCUGGAGAAAGAAACAGCCAUUCAACCACUGUCCUAUUCAUUAACUCAUCAAUUAUCCCACUUGAGAAAGACGACAGCUUUACAGUAAGUGACAUCUAUAGUCACAUGAAAGAAAACCUGGCUCUCUAACCCUACCCCUCAUGAACACAGGCGGAUAUGUCACAGGCCUCUGUCCAUUAGUAAGGCAAUGCUGGCUACUUCCCUGACUGGAAAUAAUGUCUGGACAGCUUUUCUGCUUACUGUUUUUGCAGAAUGGCUUUUGAGAUAAACUGUGCUCCUCACAUGUGCACAACCUGCACUCCCUAUUCCUGUUUGAAAAGUACUGACAAAUGGACUGACUUCAAAGCCUGGCGACUUCUUUUCUUCCUAAACUACUGACAAUCAGUGAUUGACAAGUUAUUAUUAAAUAAAAAAAAAAUUAGACAUCCUUCUCUUGAACCUUUCUACUUUUCCCCUUGCAGGUAUUGCAUUGAGUGGUGUUCCCUUUGCUUUACAAUGUUCUUGCACCAGAAAACACACCAGCUGCUCUCACCAAAGUUUUUGGUUUCCACUCUUUUCUAUCAUCCUUCAUUGCUGUUUUGUUUCAUGCAGGACCAUCAAUGAGAACUGUGCCCAAGUGGCAUUUUCCAUCCCAAACUAAACAGUUCAGCAAUAUAUAAAGACACACAUUGUCUCUUCAGAGCAAAAUCCAAUUUGAAGCACGGACUUUCUUCAGCUGGAAGCUGAAGCAAGCUUUAGUGCAACCCCCCACUUCGUUAAAAGAUGUUAGCUUUCCUAAGUAAUGGAUUACAAAUUGAUGUCAGAAACAGUGCAAACUCAUUAAGAAAUGAGUAGAAGUUCCAAAAUCUUGGAACCUCUCUCUGCUACUAGAAACACCUACAAGUGCAUUAUUUCUCUUUAUACCAUCUGGGUAACCUCUCCCGUUUAGUGUAUUUUCAGUCAAGAAAGAAGGCAAUUAGAGAACUGAAGAUACAAACUCUUGAAUAGAAUGUGUUGUCAUCUAUUUUCCCAAUGUGGAAAAAGCUGCCAGUGGCUCACCUGCUGCAGUACAUCUUUCCUGAAUGUUCUCUGUCUCAACAUAAAAUGUCUCUCUUAAUUUUCUGUCUUGAAAGUAAAUUGUGAGGCAUAAAGGAACAGUUUCAUCACUGACAGAUUGCAUCAGAAAAAAUAAUGUAAGAAAGUCAUGUACAUAAUGCCGUGACAAGAAAAAAAAACAAUCUGCAUUGUUACUUGUCUUUCAGUGUCAUUUCAAAUUGAAAACUUGUUCAGUAACAGAAAAGUGCUAAAUACACAAAAUGAAAAACACUUUGGCUUCAUCCCUUAUAGGAUGUGAACAGAGAAUUCAAGUUUUUGUGGUUGAAAGCAAUCUUUCCUCUGAGGCAUUCUAGAUUCAUUAUGAAGAUGUGGGAAAUCUGCUCCCCAGUUCAAUAUUAAAUCAAAAUAUAAUCCUUCAGUCUUUAACUGGCAACAUCUGGAAGAAAACUCUGGUGAUCAAAAUUUACUAGCUAAUAAAGACUGUAAUGAAUUCCCACAGUUAGAGAGUUACGCGUGUUUUAUAUAAAAACAAUCAGGACACUACAAAGCACUCAGCACUUCGAGCAAAGACAAAUAUUAUUUUGUAAAGCAUGAAAUAAAGAUAUAUCAUUGCAAAUUAAAAUGACUUUUAUGACAGUAAAACAAUGGUUCUUUUUUCUUAAAUACAGAGCCGAAUUAAAAUAUGACCAAACCUAACUUGAAAGUCCUUAAAGCAAGAGAUCAGACAAAUAUGUCAAAUAUGUUUAAUUUUUUUUUCAAAAUAACUGAUGGCAAAAUAAAAUAUUUACAUCACGUCAUACUGUGUAAACAUGUAACGUCACUGUACAAAGAAAUAUACAUGCAAAAUAAAGCAAAAAUUUAACUAAAACAAUAAAGGAAAAUAAUACACAAACAUUAUGAUAUGAGGUUGGUACGAAUACACAUCCAGUUUUGAAGUCAGUUGAUUUCUUUUAAAAAGUUUCUGUACAACUUUACAAAAAACAAAAAAAGGAAUAAAUAGUAUACAGUGGAAGCCGCAAAGCUCAAAACUAACCCAAGCUAGGUUAUGGCUUAAGACCCAUACAUCUAACUAUGGUGGCAUGUCGGCUUGGUUUCUUUAAACGUGGCAUCUCACACAAACAUAGAUGACAACACACCCAUAUGAACUCAGUGAUGCACAGAAAACCAUCUCUGCCUUUUUAAAUAGUUUACGUCAAUAUUACUUCAACCUUAAAAACAGUUAAUAAGACAAUUACAUUACGUGCCAGAUUCUCAUCAUCUGACCACUACUUUUUGAAUGUAUUCUUCACCAAAGAGCACAAAAUUCAUUUGUUCAUUUCACAGAAAGAAGCAAGCACAGUUCUGAAAAUUCUAAAAAGUAGUAAGCAUUGAGAUUGAUUUUGGGAAAGUCAUACUUUGGCAUUUUGAAUAUAAUAAUAAAUUUUAAAAAGUGUCACCUUAUUUCUUAACCAGUUUGAGAUUUGGGAUACGAAUCUCUCUCUCUCUUUCUCUCUCUCUCUUUUAAACAACCCUUAAAACUGACUAGCUUUGACUAAAUUCUAUGCUAACCCUCAUCUUAAACUAAUAAAGAUGGUGUGGUACAACACACCCUCCCCUGCCCACCCAGAACCCCCAGACACACAAACAAAACCAUAAAGCUCGCCGUACUAAGUAUGUGCUUUUUCUAUAUAUUUAUUACAGUUACAACAGAGGUCCUCAUAAAUAGUUGCAUAAAAUGUUAAAGCCACGACAUUGCACAUGAUAUGAAAUAAAACAAAAAUCCCAAAUGAGUGCAUUUACAGUAUUUCAUCCUGCUGUAUACUGCUUGACAAUCGGGUCGGCAAGCUGGGCACCAACCGGACGUCCGUUUCUAAUGGGCCAGCGUUACCGACCCAAACUGAAGACCCGCACAGUGGUAUACCACCAUUUAGGAGGGAGGGGAAAAAGGAUAAGGAGGGAAAAAAAUUACAGACUGAAGGCAGGUAACAGUCUAUAUACAAGUAAGGCCUACAUUUUAUCAGAGCAAAACGAUUCAUUCUAUUUGUAUGCAAAAACUUUGAGGUUGGAUGCACUUAAAAGCAGAGUCUGAUCUCAGUGCACUGCUACGUGAGAUACAUACAGGCGAGGCAACUGGAAAGCUCUAGGACCAAGUGAAAACCAGAUGUUAGAAAUGGAAGCCUUAUCAAUGGGCAGCCAUUUUGGCGAGUCUUCUCCAGGCAUGAUUUCAUUU